UUUCAUUUAAGUUCAUGCACAUUGUACGAUAGAUACGUUCGUAAAAACAUGUAUACAGUCAUAAUAAUUUUAACAGACAUUUAAACAAAGCCACUUGUCUUCCUAAUAGUAACGUUAAAAUAGUGAGUGGAGCAUUUCACUUUCUUUUAAAGGAUUUAUGGUGAAUAGUUGCCUUGGAUUUGUGGUUUAAACUUUCAAAGCAGAAUUAUAGAACUACAGAUAUUUAAAAGCACAUUAAAAAUAUCUAUAAAAAUAAAAUAGAAACAAUAAAAAAAGAUAGCACAGUACUCAUUUACAAUGGAGCUGAAAGGGUUUCGACGAUCAACUGUCACGUCCCUUCUGUCAAUUGCCAUAGCGGUAAUCUUGUGCGUGGUAGGAACAUUCUCGAACAGCUGGUGGACUAUUCUGAAAAGUCAACGAGUACAUGAAACAUUCGGACUGUUCACAACUGUAGCUUGUAAGGACUGGCUAUGUUUCGUCAAAGGAGAAUCUUCAGAUAGUUUUGUAGCAUUCACGCAAGCGAUGUCAAUUAUUGAACUAAUUAUGCUUGGGAUAGCAUUUAGCACGGGGUGUUUGAUAGUCAUUUACGGUUCUAGGACCCUGUCAGCCGUGGUCAUUGCUGCCUUAGGAAUUGCAUGUUUCGCUUCAAUGGUGCAGAUCCUUGUUCUGGCGUCAGUCUACGGCAAAAUAUCCACGGCAAUGGCGUCAGCCCUUACAUUACCCAGCGAUCUCUUGUAUUACCAAACACUUCCGGUUGGAAUUUGCGCAAUUUCCGGUAUAUCCUGUAUCCCGGCUGCAGUAGGAAUGUUAUACUGGAGAUUGGUGACAACGGGAACCGUACGCAAGGCUGCUGUUGUUGUUUAAAUUAUUGUUGUGCUCCUGUGUACAAAAUAUGCUUACAUCUUACAAGAAGCAAAUCAUUGCGUAUUAUGUUUUAAUAAUAAACUUGUUAAAUAUUUCCCAUCAACACGAAAUUAUGUUUGUUUUAAAGAUAACAGGCACUAUAACAAUAGCCCAGGGGGGAUGUUCAAUAAUGUUUUAAUAAACUGGUCCAUUUUAAUCGUAUAUUGAAGUUAUCUUAGUUUAUUUGCUUCAUUUUUAAAUGUGAACGAAAGCUUUGUGAAUGUGUAUAAGUGGUUAAAAUUGUUUGGAAACUUUAUUAUGGCUUAUUGAUUGUGUGUCGCAAUAUAUAAGGAAAGAAUGUAUACGCAUUAUUCUAUUUUCUUCUGUACUACUAGUGUUUGCAAAUGAGCUUAGAUUCUUAAGUGUUUGAUGACUUGAAUGAUACUGGCUUUAAUUCCGCCCAAAUCAACUUUUACUUUUUGUCUUAGAAUGGGCCAUUUUUUGCGUAAAUACAAGUAACAUAAGACUGCUGACAAAGAAAAUCAUUUUUCUUAAAGCGUUAGUAAAGCUUCAGUUAACAAAACCUCAAUUUUCGAAAUUAAAUUUUAAAAUCUGCCAGUCUUUUUUCACUGUUUUUAUUUUAGACUUUGCGCAAAAAUGGGCUCAUUCCAAGUCCAAAAAAGAGAGGUGUCAAUCUAAUAUUGUGCAGCUGAAGUAUGCAUAUCUUAAAAUGUUGUAACAACCACAUUACUAUAGAAUGUAAUAUCUGCAUUUUUUUAGAAACUACAUACUCAAAUUGAAAUAUUCAAAGGUAAAUAACACUUUGUUUCGAAAA